AUGAGGGCUUCAGUACUAUUUGCAGCAGCGGUUUCUGCAGAGUGCGGCAUUGCGUUCGGAGGGGCGCACCGCAUAGCACACACGGGGGAAGACGCCGCCAUUUACAGGCUUUUGGGUCACCCAGCAAUAAUUCCCUUGAGCAGUUUGGCUGCACAAAUCGACCUGAUCGAGUCUGCAGCCCCUUGCCUCUUAAAUGCUGCCGGAGACGAGCAAGACCUUCUUGAAAGCGUAGACCUAUUGAAGAAGCGGUCUGCACGUCUCAAGCCGAUCAUUAGGCGUCCAGCAAAAUAUGGGGCAGCAGAAGAAGAACACUCGCGACAGUUGAGCGAAAGUGCGGCAAAAGUACACGAAUCGGUCUCUCAGGCGGGUGACUGUUCUCCAUAUCCAGACCUCAAUCUGUCCGAAGAGCUGCAAGCAGCUCGCCGUGCUGCAUCAGGUAACCAAAUUCUGCAGUGUCAUGUCCACCGAGGAAGCGGUCACCGAGUGGCCGAGCGGUUCAUUAUUCAUGAGUUCAUUCCCCAUUCAGAAAAACUGUUUGCCAUUUCAGAAGGAUUAAAGCAACUGAAGGGAUCAGAUGCUUCCAAAAAGGCGGCGAACCCGCUAGACGGGCUAGCUGCAGCCUGGAGAGAAGUGUAUGAUGGUGUUGUGGCGGCCGGUAGUGCACUGUUAGAGAAAAUCAGGCGGACCAAAAACGGAAUAACGCAGACCGAAGAAGAGCGCGAGAGAGAAGCAAUUCGACUAUCUGCAUUAGCAAAAUAUACGGGUCAGAAAGUUAAUGCACGACGGGUUGUCGACCGACUCAGGAGCCUUGAAAAAGAAAUCCUGGAAUACGGCUAUAGGGAGUUACCACCUACACAAAGGAAAAUCAACUCCAAUAAGCAAACUCGAAAUUCCCUGGCAGAGGGAAUGCAACUUGCCUUUGAAGUGGAAACGGUGCUGCCCCACUUGCAGUAUCUGCAAUCAGAUUUGGAGGCAACUAAAAACAAGCUAAGCUUGCAGGAAGAUGCGGAGAGGCUGUUGCGACAGGUUCGGGCUCGGGUAUCUGCUACCCUUGGGCUGAAAGCGAAGCAGGCGACUGACCAGCAAUUCAAUUUGAUGGAGCCGCUUCUCCGUUUUCGGCAGCUCACCUUGCUUGUUGAGAAAGAAGGAAAAACAGGACGAUUCCUAAGAGAGAUAGACCAUAUCAGAGCUACACUGAGAAAAAUACACCGAGAGGCGGAGCGGUUGCACAGCCUGCACCGGGGCUCUCGAGACAAAAAACUUCAUGACCCACAGGUCGAAGCAGAGAGAUGCGGAGGUGCUAUGAGUCUUAGAGCAUGCCAUGAUACAAAUAGGCGGCCCUCUGAUUGA